CCAUCCAUCUCCUCUAUCAGCCCACCCCUGUCUCUAUCAGUUUACAGCAAGCCUCCCUAGAUCCUUUCUGUUGCUUGCCUCUCCCAUGAUACGUUCCUUUUUCUGCUUUUCUGCUCUUUAACUUAUAUAUCUUAUACUAAAAACGAACAUGUCCAACAACCAGAACAAAUCAGAACCUGUCGCAGCGCCAGAGCAGCCAGAAAAUGGGCAGGAAGCAAAUGGUGAAGAAAAAAAGAAAGAACAAGAAGAACUGCCACCUUUUGAGGUGGUGGAAGGGAGUCGCAUUCCUUCCUCUUCCUUUAAGUUCCAGUUUAAGAAUGUAGAGUACAGUUCUGGACGAAAUAAAACUCUUCUGUGCUACACUGUGGAACGAGCAGAAGGUCAGAUCUUCCGUGGAUACUUAGAGGAUGAACAUGUCGCUGCCCAUGCAGAAGAGGCAUUCUUCACCAAUGUGGUACCACAAUACAUCUCCUCAAGUCCAGUUUCUAUAACAUGUUAUGUGUCAUCAAGCCCCUGUGUCAACUGUGCUGCCUCCAUUGCUCGGUGCCUACGACGAUACAAAACUUUGAAACUUCACUUGGUUGUGGCACGGCUCUUCCAGUGGGAAGAAUCAGAAAUCCGUGGGGCACUGCGAGGUAUCAGCUCUGCAGGCUGUAAGCUUAAGAUGAUGAAAAGUUCCGACUAUGCGCACGUAUGGCAAAAUUUUGUGGAGCCUGACAUCAUUUUAAAUGAAGAAGGUCAAGUUGAGCAACAGAACGAGCAAGAAGUCUUUAUACCCUGGGAGGAUUUAGAUGAAAAUGCCAAAUAUUACGAGGAGAAGCUUGCAGAAAUUUUGAGAUAAGCAACUGUUGUGCCACUGAAAUGCCACACUACAGUGUGGUGCAGAUGAUUUUGUCCUAGCUUGUUACUUUUUUUGACAAAUGUUAUUUUUGGUUCCCAGACUUACCAUAUACAUCUUGCUUUCUUUGUUACUUCUACAUUGGAGGAAAUUACUAAAUGCUACCUUUUUACUAAAAUGAAUUUACUAGUUUAGUGUAGUUGCAAUAAUUUAUGAAUUAUGAUAAAUACAGAUGCAAAAUGAAUGUACAUUGUUAUUUUGAAUGGUUUGUGAUUUCUUGGAGAAGAUCCCCUUGAUACAUAUAGUUAGAAUGAAAAACAGUAAUGUCAACACCUUUAGGGAUAAUGGUUUUGGUAAAGUGAUAUUUUUUUUUUAUUUCUUUAAUAAUUGCAAAUGAUAAUCCUCAGUAACAAUUCAGUAAUGAAUAAAAAAGUUUAUCAUUUUUAAAUAUCUUUAAAAUACACAAGUGGUAAGCCACAGUAAAGUAUGUGACCAUUUACACACAUGCAAUAAUAAGGCAACAUGUUUUUGUGUGUUAAGUUGUAUUAAGGCUGCUUAAUUUAUUUUUAAUGAGUUGGCAGUGUGCCUUAACCAUAAAAAACAUAAGCUUUUUUUUUAUAGGAUUUCAAAUAAUGAAGUACGUUAUUGAGAUAAUGAUUUAUAAUAAAUAAAUUGCUCAUUCAACCCAACCCAGUUUAAAGCUAAAGCUAAGGUGAAAACGAAAUGGUAAGCACUGUAAAAAGGAGAUUCAGUUUAAAGUGGACCUUAAACUAAAAUGCAAGGUGUGAUCUUUACAUCACGCCUCCCUUGUACUUCAAAUUUCUGCAUGGUAGCUGUAAAAAAAA